CCGAAGGAUCCUUCGAUUUCCUCGAGGAAAUCGGUUCGAGAUGGAACUUUCCUCUCAAGGUCUAAACUACCUUUGGCGAAAAUUUUAAUGAUAUGUAACUUCUGGGUCCUGAAAAGAGCAGUCACAGCUACAGCUUAUGAAACAGAAAAUUCAGAGGUGUCAGCGGUGCAAUUGUACAACUACUGCAGAGAUGUUUCCUCCUGGAAAAUGAACACCCUCACUCAAGUUCUCGAGGGAGUCGGCAGCAUAGUCCAUAUUCAUGAGACUGCACUUAUAAAAAGGAAAUACAACCGCGGGAGAUUACAAGCAAACCAGCAGUGGAUACUGGGUAUCUACGACAUGACACCGCGCAAAGGCAGUAUUAGUGCCUAUUAAUAAGCGUUUGGUGUUGCCGGGGACGACCAUUCAUACGGAUGAAUGGAGCGGAUACCGUCAAUUAUCGAAUCAUGGGUACCUUCAUCAUGUUGUUAAUCAUACGGACGGUUUCCGAAAGCCUAUGGAUGGAACCCACACCAGUUCCAGUGAAAGAUUUUGGAGUCGUCUAGAAAGACGUAUAAGAGCGGUUAAUGGAUCGAGAAAUCCCAUGAUUCACAGUUACCUGGAUGAAUUUAUGUACUGAAACUGGUUUCAUAUGACUAUGAAGACUCCCAUGAGAAACUGGGAAGUUUUUUUGCAACAUAUACGCGAACACUAUUCUUUGUAACUGUUUAUUAUGAUUGCAUUACUUCUAUAUAAACCGUUUUUUACAAUCAUGCGCCUUUCUUUUUGAGCCUUCUCAUUGGCCGAAGUUGUCCCUGUCAAGGUCAUUUUUGCGUUAAAAGGUCGUUUCGGUUUGGGCCGCUAUUCUUUAGAGUCACCAAGUGUACAUAUGAUAUACAUGUAAUAAAAAUGAAUCAUACAGAGUAUAUAUUUCUAAUAUGUUGGUUUCUG